AUGGAUACAAAUACCUUCGGCAAGAUCCUGAACCCCUCUUAUCCACUUGUACCUGAUCCGCAAGCUUCCUUUGAAGCUUCUAGCAAGCCUAUAGACCUCAGUCUUGCUGGAUCCGAGACCAACUCCCCCACAGACAACCUGAACUCCCGGAAACGGCCAGCAAAUGUCGCGUUCGAAGAACAAAAUGCGACAAUCAGCGGCCUACCUGCUCGUCGUGUGCUGACCUGGGCGUUGAGUGUUCCUACUCAGACGCCGAUCCUUCUAGGUAAGAGAGCUAUCAAUCGCAUCAUCUGGUCUGACCCGGAUAGCUUCGAUGCUGCCAGUCUUGCCAUUCUCGAGAAGCUCGGCACAAUCGAGCAGCUCCUUAAGCCAGAUGUAUCUACCAAUAAUGUCAGGCGGCAGACCUUGUCCAGUCAACCCAGCGAAGGGCCUGAUAGCACGUCUCCGUUACCGCAAAUCAAGUCUCUGAACUCGCCUACUUUAGAAAGGACCAAGGAGGUUGGCCCGUAUCACAUGAGUAUUGAGCGACUACUUGCAUGGGAUACGUUUCGUGGCUUUCGACCAUGUCUGGAUCUUCGCCAGCUUCUCAAUGCCAGCAACGACAGCCAAGCACAAGCGACACUUCUUGCGGGUGAGAAUGAGCUUCCCGCGUGGGACGAUCGCUUGAUCAAGACGUUCAUGGACGACGUGCUCAUCUUCAACCCAGUCAUCGAAGAGGCCAAAAUCCAGAAGUACACGAGAGAUGCCCGCUUUGCUGGUAUAGGAUACGAUGGCGCCUCCUGUCUCUUGCUCCUUAUCUUCGCCCUUGGAUCGCUUUCGCGCUCAUCAGAUCCGCAGGCACCGACGAGCGCCUCAGAGGAACGUCAACUACCGCGCUUCAUGCAGGCCGAGGCAUUCUUUGCUGCUGCCCAAAAAAGGAUGGGAAUGCUGCUGUCUCGGAGCGGUGUGUUGGAAGCACAAUGCUUCUUCCUCGCAGGAGUCUAUCUCUUCUCGACGAUCCGGCCGUUGGAAGGCUGGAAGUGCUUCGUCCAGGCUCUAGCAUCCUGUCAAGCAUUCUAUGGGGCAGCCUCUACGGACAAUGCGCGUGACCGACGUCUGCACGAAACUAUUUACUGGACCUGCUUCAAGUCAGAGCUCGAGGCACGUCUCGAGCUAGGGGUCACUGACGCGUCUGUCUGGGAUCUUCGCUACCCAUCAUUCUUUCCAUCUCCACCAGAUGAGCUACGCUCUAAUACGCAGACAGAGGUCGUAUGGUACUACUUCCUCGCAGAAAUCGCAUUGCGACGCCUAGCAAAUCGAAUAUUGAACUACAUAUACGGCAGCAACCCAUCUGAGACGACCGCAGCUUCAAAAGAAAUGGCGGACCACAUUAUCUCGUUUGAGGCACAGGCAUCUGACUGGCGUCGCUCAUUGCCUUCACCGUUAUCAUUGGACAAGAUCACCCAGCCAUCUCCUGGAGACUCGGAUCUUAAUCAGACAUUGAGGUUCAUCCUCGAGGGCGAGCUCAUCGACUGCUAUGAAAUUAUGUAUUGGCCGUUUGUUGCAGACGCAAUAAAUCGAAACACCGAGCUCCAGCAGACCGUCGACAGGGACUUCACGCGUAAAGCGUUGGCUCUCGCAGUGGAAAGGAUCGACAAGAACGAGCCUGGCUUCCACUACCGUCAUCACGGAACUUGGAUGAUGCUACGCUCAUGCAGCCGAUCUGCUCUCCUACUAAUCGCAGCAGGCAGGUCUCCGUAUGUGCGAUAUCUGCUGCCGGGAACCUGGCAGACGGCUGUAGGCAGAGUCAUCAAUAUGCUUCGGUUCUGGCGGCACGAAUCAGAGGACGUCGCCGAUCGUCUGAAUCUCAUCGAAGCCAUGGCAAAUGCAACUUGA